AUGUCGACCCCGUUCACCAGGGAACUGGGUCUCAAAACCGCUAACAAUCCCGAAGGGGACAACGUAGAGGGUCCGACUGUAGACCAACUCAUUGGACGGCUGAGAAAUUUGGAGACAUUGUCCCCGACAGCGGGACCAUUCAGGGUCGUCGAGAUGGCUCUGGAGAUCCAAGUUGAGCGUAUGCGCGUUGUAGAGGUCCUCAGAGCACGCGACGCCGCGGUAGAGCGGCUUUCGGACGCGUAUAGUCUCGUUAGGCGAUAUUCUGAACUCAUCGAGCGACUGCAGGAAGAGCGCGUCGCCAGUGGCCUCGAAAGGCUGUCUCUUGGGGGCAGUGGGCCAGCAUAUGACACUGGCGGGUCGACGGCGGUCUUGGAUACCACCGCGCACAUUGCCUCGCUUGAGGCGACGAUCAAGGACCUCAGGGAAAUCAACAGCCCCAAUCUUGCUGCCGCCUCAGGUGACAUUGCACGAAUUCUUGAAUGGAGCACCAGCCUCCCUGAGACACGCGUUAGUGUGCUUCCUUUCCCCCUCACUUCGGAGCACUCAUGGAAACACAGACUCGGAGGCUACCGUACCCUCCAAAGCGCGACCGCAGCGUGGUGUCCUGAGCGUGAAGAACAUGGGUUCAUGUACGUCCCCAUGUUCAAGUGUAACACCAAUCCUCGAACGGUCACGGCCCAUCGCUGGAAUGCUGUGGACCCCAUCGGACGCAUGGCAAAGCCCACGGAGUGCUUCUAUAAUAACGAAGGGACCUGGUACUACGCCGGUAUCUACCGCGCAUUUGUUAUGGAUAUUGUGUCGACUGCGGAAUGGGAGUUCCUCACAAGCGAGACGAAGACGGCGAUUAUCAAGGAAACUCUAGCAGCACGGAAGAACACGACUCCUCAGACGAACUACGAAACUGGGCAACUGUAUGCAGCUGGUGCUCUCAAACUUGCUUGUGUCGGUCUACAGUGUGUUGGCUUCAGCCAAGAGGUGUACCAGGUCGUAUCCGAAUUAUCCACGAGGCUGCUUCAGUCGACUGCUGCAGCUGCAGCUGCGGUCGCCGCUUCUUCGUCCUCGAAGACACCUUCGGAAUCACCCAACCUGAUGGCUUCUACGACUCCUGGAUCGCUUCCUAAGUCCAAGUUCUUGUCGAGCCCUCAAUUCAAUCCGUUUAUCGUUACGAAGGGCAAGGCGGGCUCGUCUUUCUCAACUACGUCUACUUCUGGUUUCAACCUAGCCUCGCCCGGGAGUACAUCCGGAACACCUCCGAUGACGAGCAACAAUCACAACGAUUUCACUGGAUGCAACAUGGCAGGCGCAGACCUCGCGAGCGGCGGGCUCGGGCUUUCCCAUUCGAUUCACUCUUCUGGUGGUUCAUCAACGUACAACAACCGUUUACUCCCGACUGCGAAUCUUGCCCCUGGAUCCAAAUCGAGUUCGCCUCUGUCCACAAGUAGUAAUGCGAGCGCGAUUGGAGGGCCAUGUACCCCUAGUCUAGCGCCUCAGAUGACCCCGACCCCUGGUAUCAGUCCGAUAGGCCGGCCCUUACCUUCCACCACGACCAACAUUACGGUUUCUGGAACCAACAGCGUCGGUAGUCUCCCUGCACACUCUGGCAUCCCGAGUCUUGGUCUUGGUUCUGGAUCUCCCAUUUGGAACUCUGCGCUUGGAACGGGUUUCAGCAGCUAUUUGAAUUCUCUCAAUCGACCUGGCGGGUUUGCGGCGAAGGGGAGUAAUACAGAGAAUGCCAAGGUGGCCGGUGGGUCGGAUGGGCUUGGGUUUGGAAACCGGAUGAAGUAGAACGUUUAUUUUUCGAUGGCUCUAGUCUCGGUUUUCCCAGACUCUCCCGAUUGAGCGACUACUUCCUAAUCAGUAGUCCUCAUCGUGAGAGUCUGGGAUCCUUGCCCUAAGAAAAGCGACCACACCUGCUUCGGUGGCUAUUCGCGAGCCUUGGGCUUUCGAUAACGGUUAUGUAACACGCUUUUAUCAUUACCGCGACCAUCGUCUCCUUCCUCUCGUUCUUUCUACUAUCCAUACGACCUGCAAUGUCUUAAUCAUCACCACUUAAUAUGACUGUCACUACUC